CCCCAUUUUAUAACGACUGAUGGUUAUGUUUUGUAGGUAGUUUGAAUUUUCAAAAUCUCAUCACAUAAUAAAUAAUAAUAUUAUUAUUUACUAUACAUUAUUCACUUACAUGGACAUGAUCGGCGUUUAGAGUACAUUGUAGUUCGACGUCCCCGAGUCCGCGUCGUUCCGACCAAUAACCGUCUAUAACAUAAAAUUAUACCAAUUCAACAUGAACAACCAAACAAGUACAACAGAUUCAACAUUUAAAAUGCCAAUGGCACCUCCAGUUUAUCCUUCACAAUCCGAAGCUUUACUCUUUCAAGACAUUAUAGAAGAGAAAACUAUUGCACUUCACAGUAUAUUGAAUGAUUUUUUGAAGGUCCAUCCUUAUCGUAAAUUUGAUAUUGAAUUUAAUAUGUUUUUAAAACGUGUAAAACGCAUUAUCAUUGAUGGGCAUCGUGCUGGUGCUAAUGUCUCUCGAAUUACCAAUUCAUCACAUAUCGCUCCACUUUACGCUAGGCCAUCAGCAAGUUUCAAUUAUAGGCCAUCUACAAGUUUUAACUAUAGACCACCAACCACUAUGUCAAUGGUUAGUUCUAGUGACCAAAGCAUGUUGAGACUACCAGAAAAUAAUUUUCAUUCCGUCGAACCUAGCGAACUUUCAAAUCCAUUUAAACCGCCAGAUUGUCUUCAACCUAAAGUGGUAUUAACUCGUAUUGAACAGUCAAGCUGUGUUUCUCACGAGUCACCUUCCACAAGUUCCACAGUUAUGAAAGUAAGCCAAAAUCAUAAUGUGACUGUUGAAAAUAAUACUAAUGAAAUUGCUCAGCAAUCUAAAUCUCUAUCAACAAAUCAACCAACUGCACGUAAUACAUAUUCUGAUGUAACAUUUGAAGAGAAUAAAUCAGUAUCUGAAUCACAUAAAAAUGAAAACAUGAAUGAUGAUAAUAAUUCAAUUGAAUCACUUCUUGAAGAUGUUGGAUUUAAAAUUAUUGUUGGUUUAACAGAAAAUAAAAAUGAGACCUCAAAAAAGAGUAAUGCAAGUCAACAUCAAAACAAUCAAUUAAAUGUAUUAGAAAAUGUUGAAAAAUUCCUUUCUAUGUGGUCUUUAAAUAUGAAACUAAUCAAAUCAUCAGAACAAUCAUCAAAAUAUGUUUUAAUUUUAACUGGAAAUUUGUUGGGAGAAGAUAAGCAAACACUUGUUGAAAAGCGUCACGAAGCUGGUGUUUUAGAAGGCAGAAAAGAAAAUAGUUUAGUAAAAACCAAAAAUGGAUUAUACCGUUUGGUUGGCAAUAUCAUUGGUGGAUCACCUAACGAACUAUAUCAAACAUGCUUAUCUGUCAAUGGCAUUCCAAGAACAUGGAGAAAAAUUGUGAAACAACUAACUGGGGUUGAGAAUAAAACAAAACAUAUGUUUGAUUUUUCAAUAAGUUCCCCUGCAGGACCAAUUGCCAAACCAAUAAAAUCUGCUGUGAAUCUUGAUGCAAGUAUGACCAGAAAAGGCACUACUUACAGUAAAAAUAUGACGCUUGCAAAUCACAAAACAAAUAUAAAAAGAAAAUUGUCUGAAUAUGCUGAAACUGAACAUAAUAAAAUUAAACAUCGUAGAUUCUGUGAACAUACGCCAUUAUUACUAGCAUCUACACCAAAAAAACCAAAAAAACAGUCCACUAUGUUUGAAACUCCAAGUCAAAUUUUGAAAAAGAAGAUAAGUCAGAAUCUAAGCAAUAAUCCAAACAAACGACAAAAGCUGGAUAAUGUUAACGAUUCCAUAAAUAUAAACAAAAGAAGACAAUCUCAGUUGAAAGAACAGACAAACAUAUUUUUGAAGCCAAAAAUACCUGAAAAAAUAUCGAUGAGUAAUAUUAAUAAUACAAAACAUACCAAUCAAACAUCAAUAAAUAAAUCUGCUGCAAAAUCAAAAAAUAAUACACCAGAAAACUCAUCUGUAACAAAAAGCCAUACCAAGCAACAAUCUAAAAUGAAAACAACCAUAAACUCCACCAAUAGCAGUGUAGACAAAUCUAAACUAAAAAGGAGUUUACUUUCCAAAUCUAAAGAAAACGAAAAAACCAUAAACUCCACCAAUAGCAGUGUAGACAAAUCUAAACUUAAAACGAGUUUACUUUCCAAAUCUAAAGAAAAUAAAAAACCUAUAAACUCCACCAAUAGCAGUGUAGAAAAAUCUAAACUUAAAACGAGUUUACUUUCCAAAUCUAAAGAAAAUGAAAAACCCAUAAACUCCACCAAUAGCAGUGUAGACAAAUCUAAACUUAAAACUAGUUUACUUUACAAAUCUAAAAAAAAUGAAAAAACCAUAAAGCAAACAACACCACAAAUGCCCAAAAAUAAAAUAGCUACAAAACAUGUUAGCAUUGUGAAAGAAAUUAAAAAAAAAAAGGUAUCGGCAUCAGCAAUUGCUCUCAAUAAAAGUAAUAACAAAAGUGUAAAGGCAAUCAGAUCCAAGAUAAACAAAUGUGAAGAAAGUUUGAACAGUGAUACACAUAAAAAGUCGAAAGUAGAUAAAUCUAAAACGAAACAAAUGCAUUGCCCCAACAGCUCGUCAACAGAAUCGGACCUUUUUGGUUGUGUAGACCAUGCUGAUUAUGGUAAUGUCAGUGAUUAUAAUUUUAUGGCAUCCCCAGGGAAAUUAAGUGUAGCUUCGGGUAAUGACCUAUCUAGGAGUGUGACGCCUCCAUUGUUCAGUUAUCAAUGGAAUUCAACCGCCAAACCUUCUGCCAUUAGUGAACCACCCACCCCACUGAGUAAAUCAAUUGAGGCCAAAGCAUUGAAGCGAGUCAAAGCUCCCAAAAUUACACUGGAAGAUGAAAUCAAAUACAACAAAAAACGAAAUACCAAACGAUCCAUUGAUUUCAAAACAGCCUCAGAUAAAAUAAAUAAAAUGUUGGAAUUUGGAAAUGAUGAAGAUGAAGAAGAUUAACCCGUGUUUUUGAUGUUAUUAUUUUUUUUUAUUAUUAACUGAAUUUUACGAUAAUUUGACAUCAUUUAUCAUCAAUUCAACUUAUUAUUAAUUACAUCCAUUGUCUUUUUAAGAAUUGCUAAUUUAUAAAUAUUUUUUAGAGAUUUUAUACCUUGUUAUUUAAUUACAUUUGUAUUAUUCCCUUUCAUUAAUUUGUUAUGAAAGAUAUUUUUAGAAUAGUUUUGUUCCUAAAUGGUAAUACAAUUGUGAUGUGUUUUCUUAUAAUAUAAGAAAUCUAUAGACAAACACCUAUGUACAUUUUUGGAAUUUGAUUGUUAUUUACAUAUAGUGUUAAGUCAUUGCAUUUGUGUACUCCAUACUUUAUAUUCAGUUAUGUGUAACUUGCUUCAUAAUCAAAACUGAUUAAAUAAUUUUUUUUGAAUCUAGAAUACGUAAGAUACACAUUUGAUUUCAAGACAUUAUCGUUCUAAGUAUACAAUUGUACUUGGCACAUUUUAGACAUUUGUGCAUACAACUUUUUCAUUUUUUCUUUUUUUUUCUUAAUGGGCCAAAUUAGAUACUUGUAGUAUAAUACAUACUUGAAUUGAUGUACAAUA